UAGUCUAUUGCUCAUCGACAGCGGAACCCACUCAUCUUCGCAAAGCGCGUGCUCUUCCUUGAGCGAAUCCUUACUGCCGAGCGUAUCUGGCCAACUUGCACAAGACAUUAUGCCGUUGCUCCAAUACCAGGUCUUCCAGAACAACGUCCCUGAUGGUCAACAGUUCUGGAUAAAUCCGAACUCCAACGGCCCCCUGUGCCAGACUGUUGACACGAACGGCCACAUUGGCGAGAACCUCUGUAUUCUCUCGUUUCCUGCGCUGUGCACCAACAGCGGCAAUUCCACAACUGUUCCGACGUUCCAAACGACCGUUUCUUCACAGGGACUAUCGAUUACUGGCUUCCGCGACAAUCGCUCGUUCAGGUUCCAAGGCAUUCCUUUCGCCAACCCACCAGCACGGUGGACGUAUCCGGCCGCGUACACUGGUUCAAAGGCAAUUAACGCGACCACAUUCGGUUCUCAAUGCAUUCAGGCUGGCCAGACUACGGGCAGCGAGGACUGCCUCUUCUUGAACAUUUGGACGCCAUUCGUUCCCAGCCCCAGUCCAGCACCGAAGUCGUCACUCAAAGCGGUCAUGUUCUGGAUUCAUGGUGGCGCCUUCACCUCUGGCACCGGUGCCGACCCUACCUUUGAUGGAGGCCCGAUGGCCUCGAGGGGCGACGUAAUCAUCGUCACAACCAACUACCGCCUGUCUACACUCGGCUUCCUUGCACUCGACGACGGCCAAACGAACGGCAAUUAUGGUAUCGCUGACCAGAUUGCCGCGCUCGAGUGGGUCAACCAACAUAUCUCCGCAUUUGGUGGUGACCCGGACCGUAUCACUAUCUUUGGGCAGUCUGCUGGCGCGGGAUCUGUGCGCGCAUUGCUACAGUCGCCCAAGGCGAUUGGCAACUUCGCGGCUGCUAUCCAAAUGAGCAACCUCGUCGGACUUGGCUACGCUAUGACCUACUCGCAAUACUACACUAUCGCUCAAGAGCAAACCCUUGUUGCCGAUCCUAUUCUGGCUGCCACGAACUGCAGUACUGCGGCUGAUCGUCUUGCAUGCUUGAAAGCGGUCGACGGCUUCACUCUAGUCAAUUUACCGACGGUUGCAAGAUUUGUCGUGGCAGACGGUACUUUCGUGCCGCAAACACAGCUCCCUCUGAACCAGACCGGUAAGAUCGCCGACGUCCACGCUGUGAUUGGAUGGAUGCGUGAUGACGGUGCCGCAUUUAUUGGAACACCAACCAACGACAAUGCGGCCCAAGCUCUCGAAGCUGCCGGAUUGCCCACAGCCUUGGCGAAUAAUUCAUUGUUCCCUAUCCCCUCUAAUGAAGCCACUGAUAUCGACGAUCUCUUCAACAUGACUGCUCGUGGUGCCACCGACGGCAUGUUCCGUUGUCUAGACCAAGCGACGGCUUUCUCGGGCGUCCAGCACAAUCUCUUCAAGAGCGUCUGGACGUACGAGUUUAAUCGAAGCUACCAAACUCCAGGAUUUGACCCUAACGCGCCUAAGUGCGACGCUCCUGUAGAUGUUGCGCACCCGGCAGGCAACCCUGACGCCGAGUACUUCAAAUGCCACAGCGGCGAGCUCUUCUUUGUCUUUGGAUCACUGCCGACAUCUCUUCCUUACCGAGACGCGAACGACUUGCCGUUUAUGCAGGUGACCAUGGAUACCUGGACGUCUUUUGCGCGUACAUUCGACCCGAAUCCUGACCCUGCUUUCCUGAAGGCGCGAGGCUUCACCACCUCCGCCGCACGCCUUGCGCUGCAACCCCAGUGGGAGCCUGUCACCAAAAGCAACCUCAAUGGUACACCACUACGUAUAUUGGAGGUGCCAAGCAAGAUGAACGGGUUCAGGGAGCUGGCGCAGUGUGAUUUCCUGGACUUUUCAUUGAACCACUUCGGUUGAGUUGAUAAGAUGGUCUUACACAGUUGUAGCAGCAGCGACGUGUGUGCGCAACAGGGAAUGAUUUACCUAUAUACACGC